AUGCCUACAACCUGGACACCCGAGAAGACUUUGCAAGAUUUCAUCAAAGACAAUAGCCAUUCUCGCCAGAUAGAGCAGGAGAGGUAUCAAGGCAGAGUGUUCAAUGACAAAGGUCAUGUCAUAAAACGGAUUACCAGAAACAAUCAUCAUGAUAUACAUGAAAUUGAAGGAAGCUUAGAAGUACAACGGCAGCUACUGUUGAAACUGGCAGAGCGAGAAAAUAAAAGGAUAGAAAACCCUAAAACUGUUGUGAAGAUGAUAUGGAACACUAGUGUCUCUCGAUUAGCUACCAAACUUGAGGUACUAGAGAAAGGAACACUAGGCUCGGUCGGCUUAGAGAGAUUUUGGGUCGAAUUCGUUCCGUUGUUCCAUAUAGGUAAAGGCAAACGGAGGGACGGGCUAGUUGGGAAUAGAAAACCUUGCGAGCCUAUCGCACAAGUUUUACCCCCACUAGUGACGUUGUUUGUGACAUUACUCUCUCGCCAGUGGGAUGACGCCCUAGAAAAACCUAGAAGUACUAGAAAGUAG